AUGGCGUCCCCGUCCCAUACCGGAAUCAUGCGGUGCUUCGCUCUGCUCGCUUCUGCAACUCUUGCCAUCCUGAUCCUCUGCGGCACCUGCAGCUGCUUGCAGUUCAGCUACCCCUCCUUCGGCACCGCCAAUGAGGCCGAUUUCAGCUUCAGCCCCGGCGCCGGCAUCGCAGACGGAGCCCUGCAGAUCACGCCGAGCACCGGAGACCUGAGCCACCGGUCGGGGAGAGUCUGCUACGCGCGGGAAACCCUCAAGCUGUGGAACCGCAGGGGGACGGCGCUGACGUCGUUCAGGACGGAGUUCGUGCUCAACAUCCUCCCGCGGAACGGGACCGGAGAAGGUAUGGCAUUCAUCCUCACAAACAACCCGGAGCUGCCCCGGAACAGCAGCGGGCAGUGGCUGGGACUAGUGAACAGCCAGACGGACGGCUCACCGGCGAACCGGAUCGUGGCCGUGGAGUUCGACACGAGGAAGAGCGGCAAGGACGACCACGACAACAAUCAUGUCGGCCUCGACGUCAACAGCGUCGCGUCCGCCAGCGCGUAUCCUCUCAGCAACCUCUCCAUCGUGCUGUCAAGCGGCGCUGAUGUACGGGUCACCAUAGAGUACGACGGUGCAGCGCUGAGCAUAGUCGCGGUGCAGACGUACAGCUUCAUAUAUGCUUGGGCCGGUGACCUGUCGCAGUAUCUGACGGACGACAUCACCGUCGGCUUCGCGGCUUCGACCGGCGACUUCACCGAGCUGAAUGAGAUCAAGUCUUGGAAUUUCACCACGCUAGGCGACGAUGCAGACAGAAGAUGGCGACAUAGGAAGAAGAUGAGAUUGCUUCUCGCCUACCUGAUCCCGUUCGCCAUCGCCGGAUCGUUCCUGGCGUUCUGGGCGUGGAGAAGGCUGACGCGGCCGAGAAGGCUAGCCUACCGCAACCUCGAGGAGAUGAUCGACGCGCAAGGCCCGGUCAGGUUUAAGUUCAGGGAGCUGAGGAAUGCUACGGCCAACUUCAGCUCCGACCGCAAGCUCGGCAGGGGCGGCUUCGGCACCGUCAGCCCCGUGGCGGCACGGUCGUACCGCGACGGCGACGGCGACGGCGACGACGAGGCGAGCUUCGGGCGAGGUCGGCAGCAGCCGCCCAUGCACAUCGUGGACUGGGCGUGGCGCCUGUACGGCGAGGGGAGGGUGCAGGACGCCGCCGACGCGGCUCUGGGCGGCGAGUUUGACCCGGCGGAGGUGGACCGCGCGGUGAGGCUGGCCCUGGCGUGCGGCCACCCGAACCCGAGGGAGAGGCCGUCCAUGCGGACGUCGGUGCAGGUGCUGGUCGGUGGAGCCGAGGCGCCGGAGCCCCCGCUCCUGAAGCCUGCGUUCGUUUGGCCGCCUUUCGGCGAGCGGCAGGAGAUCGAGCUGGCGAAUGUCGGGGUGCUCUUCACCGGAGGCGGAGGGCACUCCAGUUUCUGUUCUCUGUCCUCCUCCUUCACGGGAAGGUGA